AUGGGGAACAUCGUGUUUUUCAGCAACUGGGAGCUGUGGCAGCAAAUGACAUUUGUGCUUGCGUGCUCGAUUGUCCUCACAUUCUUCGCCGGGUUAGGGAAGUUGUGGUGGAUCAACCGGUCUACGCGAAAGCAUGAGAUCCUCGACGAGGAAAAGAAAUCGAGGAUGGCCGAGAUCCAGAAGACUGGCGUCACCCUCAGGAAGCGACCGGAUAUUCCUUUCGGCGUCCGAGCGAUUCAAAGCGGUAUAGAAGUUGACGGUAUCUGGAUUUCGAGGCCCGGAACGCCCAACUCCCAAAGCCCCCUGGGAGCCUCAUCCCUGACGUUGAACUCGGAUCACGACAGCAAGGGCAAGGCCAAGGCCAUAUCUGAGCCGGUCACAGCCUCGCCAGAGCGCACGCCGUCGGAGAGCACCUUUGGCCCCGACGCCAACUCUUCGCCGCCAAGGUCGCCUGCCGUAGGUGCAGCAGCGACUUACAAACCCAAGCAUGCGCCGGCUAGGCCUUCGGCUAGGGCACGGGAGUCUUACACGGCGGCCACGCUGGACCAACUCCAGGGUUCACCGGCAGAUCGUCCGGCCGUGAAGACGUACGUGCCCACAAACUCGUUUUCGAGGGUGCCCGCCCCAGUGCGACGGGCCACCGAAGGCGACCGUACCUCCAGCUCCUCAGACGAGGGCUCCAUCCCGUCGCACCAGUCCAGCGUGCGAACCCACAGCCGGAAGCAGAGCCCAUUCCCGGACUUGAUGAGGGAGAGAGACGGGUACUUCGGGCCUGCGGCGGGGACGAGCGAGAACCCGUUCAGCACGCCUGAGGGCUCGCGAACGAGGCAAGCAAGCGAUGCGUCGUCCUUGACCCCGAGCGGAGCGCAGACACCGGUCAUGAGCCCCCCGGCGCGGUCCUACUCGGGCGAGACGCACGUCAACCGGUCGUCGAGGCGCGUGAAUGCCGGUUUCGAGGUCCUGCCUGCCGGGACCUUUGGUGCCAGCGUCGAUCUGGAGCGUGGCGAGGGGCCGAGAAGUCACCCUAGGUCCGUGUUCAACAAGCUCUCCAAGAGUGAGCGGCACCGGUCGAGGAGCCAAAGCUAG